AUGACAAUAAGGGUACAGUUCCUACUAUGCCUACUACUACUACUGGUGCUGACGACAAUCGGUAUGACUGUUCAGCAAACUUGUGGAAAGUCUGGUAGAAACGGUUCGCCAGGAAAGGCGGGUAAAGGUAUUGCCAAUACAUCUGUUAUACAAGUUGUUGGUGCAACGGGUGCACCGGGAGCUGACGGAAUUCCCGGUACCAAUGGAGCACCGGGUCAACAGCCAGGUCAACGGGGACAAAAUGGUCAGGAUGGUGGACCUGGGCAGACUGGUGGUGUCGGGGGUUAUGGGUGUCCGGGCGGUACUGGCGGUGUAGGUGGCAAAGGUGGACGUGGAGGCGAUGGCGGUCGAGGAGGUCCGGGUGGAGGACCGGGCGGGUUGGGUGGACGCGGCGGUAGUGGCGGUUACGGCGGUGCUGGUGGUCAGGGUGCGCCUGGUUGCGCUGGUGGUGUGGGCGGUCUAGGAGGUAUUGGUGGACUCAAUGGUAAUACUGGUGCUUAUGGACCAGUUUAG